AUGUCGUCUUGCAUCGCUGCUAUCCACUUGUCAGCAUUUAGGUCAUUCAAUGCUGGAUUUCCUUCAUCCGUAAUGAGAGCGAAUGCAAUAUUUGAGUCAUCUCUGUAUCUUGCCGGCAAUUUACGAUCUCUCGGUGAAUUUCUCCUCAUAGUUGGUUGCUCCACCUUCUCUUCUGCCUCUUCUUAUGUCUCAGCUUCUAUCCAUAAAGGCAACAGAAACAGUCUGGACGGCAGCAUACCAGAUGAACUUGGUCGGUUGGCAAGUUUAGAAGUGUUUGGCAUUAGUGAAAAUGAACUGUCAGGUAGGAUUCCACCCCAGCUAUACAAUCUCUCCUCUAUUAAGUUUUUGGGCGUAGGAUUGAACAGAUUGCAUGGAAACCUUCCUCCUAACUUAGGCCUCACUCUUCCUAAUCUCCAAAAGCUUUACGCUGGAGGAAACCAAUUCACAGGACCCAUACCAAUUUCAUUAUCCAAUGCUUCAGGACUCGUAAGUAUUAUUCUUGCUAGCAAUAGCUGUAGCGGAUCUGUACCUACGAAUUUUGGAAGCCUGAAGGGUCUGUCCAUGUUACUUUUGUGGGGUAAUAAACUUGGAACUGGAAAAUCUCAUGACUUGAUUUUUCUAGAUUCUUUGACCAAUUGCAGUAGCUUACGAGCGCUACAGGUAGCCAUUAAUCAUCCCAGCGGUGCGUUGCCCGACUCCAUGUCUAAUAUUUCGACCGAACUGACUUCGCUAGCUUUGGGAGAUAACAAGAUAUUCGGAAGCAUCCCUUCUGGGAUUCAGAAUCUUGUCGACUUAACAGAGCUAGAUAUGGGGCGUAACUUUUUAACAGUUACUAUUCCCAUUGGUAUUGGGAAGCUUAACCAGGCAAGAAAGCUUUGGUUUGAAGCAAAUGAAUUAUCAGGGCAAAUUCCGUCUUCCUUAGGCAACAUCUCCCAAUUGUUGGUACUCAGUUUAUAUGAAAACAAUCUAUCAGGGAGCAUACCUUCAACUAUUGGUAAUUGCAAAAACCUGCAAGCCAUAUACCUCCACAGUAAUAAGUUCAGCAGUAGCUUACCCAAACAGCUUUUCAUCUUUCCAUCUUUGAUUGAACUUUACAUUGGAAAUAACUCUUUUACUGGUAGUUUGCCAGUCGAAGUUGGUUACUUGAAAACUCUCUCGACAUUGAAUGUUUCAAAUAACAAAUUGUCCGGAGAAAUUCCAAGCUCGCUAGGCAAUUGUCUCAGCCUAGAGUAUCUCUUGUUGGAUGGAAACUUCUUUCAAGAAUCAAUUCCUCCAACAUUUAAAUUAAAUUUGCCUCAAUGCUCUAGCCAAGCUUCCAAGAAACGGAGAAAGUCUCUUGCAUCAAAAGUAAAAAUCUCAGUUGUUGCUGUUGUUGUCCUGUGCCUCAUGUUAGUAUCAUGUAUCUUUGCCACUCUUUAUUGGAUAAGAAAGUCAAGAAGGAAACCUGAUGAUGUGCCUACUGCGGAGGAUCCUUUCGUCACCAUGUCUUAUGCGGAACUCUUUAAAGCAACAGAUGGCUUCUCUUCUGCCAAUUUGGUUGCCACCGGAAGUUUUGGCGCUGUAUAUAAAGGGGCUCUAGAUCGUGAUGGAACUAUGGUAGCAGUGAAAGUCUUCAAUCUUCAACAACAAGGAGCUCUGGAGCUUCAUGGCUGA